AUGUCGGACACAGGCAAAGACUCGCAACAGCAGCAAGAUCUGAAGCCGCGCUUCAUAGCGGUCAACCUGGACGUUUUCUCCCAUGCUGGUAUGCAUGGAACUUUUCCGUCCCGGAGCGCUGCCGAGCCUGCGCAUGGCGGGAAUCUAGGAGGAGAAUGCGCACAGGGCUUCAAUUUGCGCAAAGAUGUGGGCAGCGCCCCACGGGAUAAGCACCCGCGCAGCGUUCCGCCGCUCGAGGCGCACAGAGACUGCGCGGCCGGGCAGGUCGCGCGCAGGCCAUCUUCAGCAGGCGUGAUCCUAGAAGCGCCAAGGGGGCAUGAUGCGACAGCAGCCAUGCAGCGCGGCUUCACCUGCGACCCUUUUGCAGCCAUCCACGCGGGCGCCAGCGACACGCAGCAGCAGUGCGCGCAGCCGGGCACCUCCGGCCGCGGCGGCAGCGGCGCAGCCCGGGAUCAGAGCGGCGCGAGCUAUGGAGAGGUGAAGGCACAAUCCUGCGACUUCCCCAUUGCCGGGGGCCCCCCGGUGGAUCCCCUCAUGCCGGACUCCUGCUCUACCGAUUUUGCCAGCGUGGCCGCGCGGCGCCCGGCAUUCCAGGCGGCGUUCUAUUUUGGCGCGCGGCGGCGGCCGGAGGCCGAUGCCGAGCCGUUCGCGUUCGGCGAGCACGGCCCGCUGGCCGCCGGCGUGCAGCGCUUCAGCACCAGCCUCCCGGACGCGCACCUGCUGCAAGACUCCCCCACUGCAGCUGCGGCGAGCCCCCUGCCGGAGGCCAGCACGCCAAACCAGGAUCAUCAGCGCCAGCGCGGGCACGUGAACCAGGAAGCGGCGCAGCAGAUGCGGCCGGGCAGCGGCGGGGCAGUAGAAGCGAUGGAGGUGUGCGGCAGCGGCGGAGGAAGUGACGUAACUCCUCAGGCCAGGCACGCACAGCUGCUGUGGCCAGCGUCGCUGCAGCGGCUGCGGCGGGCGGCGAGGCAGUCCACCCAGAGCCCCGUGAUGCAUGCCGGCGCCGCCGACCCCGACAUGCAGCCGCUCGGCCGGCAUAUCAGCGGGGUGUGUUCACCGGGCGGCUGCGACACACCCAACCCCGCCAGACAGCCGUGGCAGAAGCAGCCCUCAGGGAAGGAGGAGCAUGCCGGGGAGUUUGUGGCGGCCGGCGAGAAUGUCCCAAGGUAUGCAAAUCAUGCGGCCAUGCGCACGGUGGUGGAGGGAACGGCGUAUGCGAAGGACGGCGGCCGCGCGCGCGGCCGGGCCCGGUGCGGCGGCCACAGCUGCGGCGGCCGGGGCCCGGCAUCAGAAGAGCAGCAGCGGCCUCAGCGCAGCCCGAUGAUGGAAGUGAGCAGAGCAGGGCCUGGGAUGCUGCAAAGCCCAGGGAGCGCCUGGCAGGCUCCCGGGUGCUCGCCGAUGCAGAUUGAUGUUCAGCCGACUCGGCUGGGUAGGCUGCAUGCUGUGAUGGAGAUGUCCACUCUGGACGCGACAAUAGACGGCACGCGCGUCUCAGGCAGCUUCACGCAGCUGCAGGUGCAGCAUGGCGGUGUGGCUGGCGGCACAUCGCAGGUGCUGCAGUGGCAGAUGGAGAUGCAGCGGGGGCAGCAUUGUACAUCUUCAAGCACCUCAUCAGGAGGAUCAUUUUUGGAGCCCAGAGCAAACAUGUCACCCUGCUCCUCUGAAGACUCGCGCGACAUGACUGUCUGCCGCACAAAGCUGUCAGGAUUGCUGAUGUCUGGGGAUGUGGCGUCACCGGGGUCCAUGCUGAUGAUCACCGGUGACAAACUGGCCGAGACAUUCAGCCCCUUUGCCGCGGGCACUCCAGCGCCCCCUGCCCCUGAUGAGCAUGGCUUCACCUGCAGCCAGGCCAGCAAUGGCGACCUGGCGCCCAAGAAGCCUCCUGGGUCCUCCACGGUGAAGGAUGCAGUGAGCAACGGCAAGCUCGCCACCUUCAAUGACCGCCUGCAUGAGGCGGUGGUGAAUGGGGAUGUGGACCUGGUGGGGCAGGCAUGGCAGCAGGUGCACACUGGCGAUGUGCAGCCAGACAUUGAUACCCUCAACGCCCUCCUGAAGUCGUUCUGCCGCGUGAAGGGGGAUCCGUGUAUCAAGGAAGCGGAGCAGCUGGUGGCGCAGGCGAUGAAGCACGGCUGCCAGCCCAACGCAGCCACCUACCACCACCUCACAGACAUCACCAUGCGCCACGAGAUGAUGGCCUGCCCGGACGAAGACCCCGAGCCGCGAGAGCGCGACCCUUUCGUCACCCCCUAG